GCUCCUGUGAUUCGGCUGAAGAAAGAGUGUCAGAACACAGGGGACAAACUCCUGCUGAAGCAGCUGAGAGCCACGGGACUCACUAUUAUAAAGAUGGCGUUUAUUAAAGAGGAGAGCGAAGACGUGAUGAUUGAAGAAGUCAAACAUGAAGAUACUGAGACACAAACAGACCUGAUGGCGCUGAAAGAGGAGAGUCAAGAACUAAAUGAAAAAAAAGACAAAGAUCAGCAUGAAGAAUAUCGUGACUUCAAAACUGAAGAAAAAUCUUCUUGUUGCUCACAGACUGAAAAGACUGUGUCAAAAAAAAGAGCUCGAAAGAAAGCAACCGAAAGUAAUUUCACCUGCUUUCACUGUGGAAAGAGAUUUGAUCAACUAGACAACCUUAAAGUCCACAUGAGAAUUCACACUGGAGAGAAGCCUUACACUUGCCAACAUUGCGGAAAAAAGUUUUAUCAACAAGGAAACCUUAAAGUCCACAUAAGAAUUCACACUGGAGAGAAGCCCUACACCUGCCAACAAUGUGGAAAAAGUUUCAACAAGAAAGGGAACCUUAAAGUCCACAUGAGAAUCCACACAGGAGAGAACCCUUUCACCUGCCAGCAUUGUGGAGUAAGUUUCACUCAAAGAGGAAGCCUUAAAAUGCACAUGAGAACUCACACAGGAGAGAGUCCUUUCACAUGCCAAGAGUGUGGAAAAGGUUUUAUUCGAAAAGGAAACCUUAGAAGCCACAUACGAAUUCACAAUGGAGAGAAGCCUUACCCCUGCCCACAGUGUGGAAGGAGGUUUACACAUAAACCCACCCUUAAUGUCCACAUGAGAACUCACACUGGAGAGAAGCCAUUUGUGUGUGCUCAGUGUGGAAAGAGUUUCCGGUAUCAUUUAAGCCUUAAUAACCAAAAACUCUUGGCGAGCUCUUUCUAA